UAAAUCAUUCUCAGAGAUUGAGUGGCGAAUUGGAGAGUUGCGAGAGCAUGGAUUGGGAUUGGAGCUCGAUAGGCUCAGUUUUGGCCACGAUCCUCUUCCUGAGGACGGCGUACUGCGACUUCCUCCCGCCGGAGUUUCACAGCUUCAUCAGCUUCCUCUUCCGCGGGAUCGUGGUGCGCUUGAUCGACGACGCCAAGAUACUCAUCGACGAGUAUGACGUCGCCACCUGCUCCGCCAACGAGCUCUACAGCGCCGCCAAUGUGUACCUCGGCGCCCGCUGCCUCGAUGACGCCGCCGUCGUCCGCCUCAACAAGCGCCGUGAGUCCCCGCUCCCCGCCGCCUCCCUCCCUGGCUGCCACACCACCCACGACUCUUUCCGAGGCAUACCACUCCGGUGGAGCUCCGUCGUCGUCGGACAGGACAGUUCCUCCUACCCUUUCCGUAGCAGUUCAAGCGCGGCCGAGCACCGGUCGCUCGAGCUCACCUUCCACCGCCGCCAUAGCCAUGUCGUGCGCUCCGCCUACAUCCCCCAUGUUCUAGAGGAGGCGGAGCGCAUAGCGAGCGCCUCCCGCGAGCGACACCUCUUCACCAACCGGGCUGAAAUUUUCGGGGACGAUCACCGUAGCCUCUGGUCUCCGGUCCCCUUCUCUCAUCCCUCCACGUUCGACACCCUAGCCAUUGAUCCAGCCCUCCGCGACGACAUCCGCCAAGACCUCCUCCGAUUUGUUGCCCGACGCGACUACUACGCCCGCGUCGGCCGCGCCUGGAAGCGAGGCUACCUCCUCUACGGCCCGCCGGGAACAGGGAAGACCAGCCUCAUAGCCGCUAUCGCUAAUCUCCUCGAGUUCGAUGUGUACGACCUCGAGCUCACGGCGGUGCACUCCAACACUAUCCUACGCCGGCUCCUAGCGUCCACCACCUCCAAGUCGGUCGUCGUGAUCGAGGAUGCUGAUUGUUUGCUCGAUUUGACCGGUCGAAAUAAGAAGAAGAACAAACAGGACGAAGAAGAUCCCAAAUCGAAAGAGGAAGAAGAGGAGCAUACGCCGGCUAGCAACGGAUUCGGGUCAUCGACAGUGAGCCUCUCCGGCGUGCUCAACUUCGUGGACGGGCUCUGGUCGUCGUGCGUGGGGGAGCGGCUCAUGAUCUUCACCACGAACCACCCUGAGCGGCUCGACGAGGCGCUGCUCCGGGCGGGGCGGAUGGACCGCAAGAUCCACCUAUCGUACUGCGGGCCGGCGGCGUUCCAUAUUCUGGCGAGGAACUACCUGGAAGCAGGGCAGGAGCACCCGCGGAUGCUGGAGGCGGAGGAGCUACUGGCGGAGGCGGAGAUGACCCCCGCCGACAUCGCGGAGGUUUUCAUGAGAUGCGACGCGGAGGGAGAGGGCACCGACGCCGCGAUGGAUGGGGUGGUGGAGGAGAUGCGGCGGCGGGGCGGCGAAAGGAGCAGGCCGCCGCCACGGCGUCGCGUGGAAAAUUAAAAGGAUGAUGAGGGUGCUUUUGUAAAUUAAUUAGGUUCGAGAAAGAGGAAAAUGAGGUGGCGACUGCAAAUUCUGGAAAGUUCUAAACGAAGAUAAGCAAACCGACGACCGAGACGUCGACGUGGCUUAACCGAUGAGAUGGUUAUCUUCUCCGAGACUUCGCUGCGAAGUUACUUUCAACCGAGCCACGUCGACUUUACGUGGACAGAAAACUUGCAGUACAGGCUACCGUGCGCAGCCAUACGUGGCUGAUCGAGCGAAGAACUCCUUUCCCGCAGUUAUUUCAGCAUAAUACAUGUAUCUCAAUAUU